UACUUGCUAAAGGUGGAAAUACCACGAAUUUAAGAAGUCACCUGAGACGUCGACAUCGUGCUGAUUUCUUCGAGAACAUUUCUUCUACGACCUCUGGAGCUUUGUUCGAGGCUCAAGGUACACACAUUUCUGCGCUUUCACUGCAAGGAUUGUGAAUCCAAGGGGUGCAUCACAUGUGAGUCUUGUUGCUUUGGCCGCCUCUGCUGCUACUAUAGUCAUCCACCCCUUUACUGACAACAUGCAAUUGCAGUACAGGGCAGUUUAAUGGUGUUUAUAAAGUUGCAUUUGAAUGGGAGCAGUUAAACACCACAUGAUACUUUAGCUAGGAGAAUGUGUCGACAGGCUGAUGUCAGUGUAUUAAGUGUAUCACUAUGAAUGCAACAUUCAAUUCCGACCUUGCGUUGAGAUUGUAUCAGACGCAUUCAAAGAGUCUAUAUAACCAAGAUGUGAGAUUACACAGCGAGUUUCCAAGUAAAACUAAGUCCGUGUAUUUAAACAAGGGGGUUAGUUCAUGCCAUGUUCUUUUAUACCAAUUUCCACACAUUGACGUUCAUGUAUAGUGUAGCGCUAUUCCCACCUAAACAUGCUUGUACGCAUGCGCUAAAGAGACCACAGCGCUAGAAGUCUGUUUUACGGCAGUAUUGUUGUUACCAUGGUAUCACCUAAACAGUCAUUCGCGUAACGUUAGUCCAUUGUAAGGAACUGAAGGUAAUUAAUAAUACAUAGAAUGGUAAGGAAUAUGUUCAUGGUUCCGCUGUAAUGUGUCGUAAUAAAUAACACUUAUGUGGAUGGUGCAGUCUCAGCCGCCAUCUUUAGCGUUUUAACAUUAAGCGAUAAGCCACAAGAGGCCGUGAUUGACUGAUGAUUUUACAACCACUGAAGGGCGUUGUGAGGCACUACGCGGAGCGGACUGUGGUUGCUGCAGUCAGAUCGCCAUCUUUAGCUUAAAUCCCUUUUUUACAAACCAACUGACACGGUCUCUUCAAUACAAGCUGAUAAUCACUGUGGUAUAAUCGCCAUAUAGCACCGGAACCUCAGUACUUGAGCGGUAUCCCUCCGCUUUGUUUACAUGGCCAAACACCUGGGCUCGCCUCAUUUUAGUUUUAAAGCCACUACGUUGACAGCUGAUGGAGCUAACAGCUACCACUAUGAAUAAAGACCUGGCUGAUUCUCGUGAGAAACUGGAUUUGUUUAAGCCUGGUAUGAAAACUCCAGAGGAGAUCAUUCUGAAAGAAGAGGACGAGUCACAAGAUGGGGAAGAGUGUGAGGUGAAUGUCACUGACAUUCCCAGACACGCAAUGGUAUCAGUCAUAGAACUGGAUGAACUUGAGGACAGCCGGACCGAAAGUAAGCUUACAAAGAAGCAGACAUUAUGGGCUCUGAAUUGCUUCACUGGCUGGUUAGAGUCCCAGGGGCUCCAGAUGGAUUUGGCUAUGGUGGACAAGACUGAGUUGAACGGACUGCUGAGACACUUUUAUGGAUCAGUACGAAACAGCAAAGGAGAACUGUAUGGGAUUGCUAGUUACAUUGCACUGAGAGCUGGACUUAACCGUUAUUUCAAAGAGCCUCCUGUUAGCCGCCCUGUGAGUUUAAUGAAGGAUGCAGAGUUCAUCUCAGCCAACAAGGUAUUCUUGGGAGUGCUCAAGAAAAUUAGGAAGUCUGGUCGAGACAUAACAUUACACCAUCAGGCACUGUCUCCUGAUGAUAUCCGCAUCCUUAGACGCUCCCGUGCGAUGGACACUGGCACUCCAAGGGGUCUUCUGAACAAAGUCUGGUUUGAUAUCCAGGUAUAUUUUGGCCGCAGAGGAAAGCAGGCCAACAGGAAUCUAAAGCCAGAUUCAUUUGUACUCAGAAAAGACAAGAGAGGACUGAGGUACUGCACUUCAUUCUUUGGUGAUGAGACAAAAAAGCAUACUAAGGACAGAUGCUCUAUGUUUGAGAAACCAGGCAGUGAAUUGUGUCCUAUUACUUCUCUUCUAAAGUACCGAAGCAAGCUCCCAUCCAACGCAACAGCCCUUUACUUACAGCCUAAGAAGGAUUUUGUAGAUGACAUUUGGUACAGCCACACCCCCUUAGGAGUGAAUUAUCUUGGCUCCAUGUUGUCUCGCAUGUCUAAGGAAGCCUGCACAUCAGUCAUCUAUACCAAUCACUGCAUCAGAAGCACACCGUUUCACCAACUAUGUGGCACAGGACUGGAGAGAAGAGGAAUUAUUCCUGUCAGUUUGCACAGGUCUGAAACCUCCCUUCAAAGUCACCAGAUGCCGCCCGUCGGGAGCCGUAAGCCACAGAGCAAGAUAUUGCAAGAGAGCAAUUCAUCUGGCCCAGCAGGUUUGGAUUUAAACCAUGACGAAUUCUUCGAGGAUGUUCCUUUUCUUCAGACUGCUUCCAACACAAACUACGUCCCAGAUGCUGUUUUGCCGCCUGGAGAGCCAUGGCUUCACGGUGGCCCCUCCCGGGCAGUGCUGUCCCUGCCCUCUUGCCUGUUCCUGUGUGGGGACAUUGGGUCUGGGAUGUCUGGUCCUGGAUCUUCAGGCGAAGAGCAGAUGGGAGAGAUGAAAGUGUUUGCCAAGUGUCACCUUCAGCAGGGCGUCAUGUUUGGGCCAUAUGUCGGUGAAGUGUGCAGAGGACAAAUGCCGACCAACCUCAAAUACGCCUGGGCUAUCAGGGAUGAUGCUGCUUUUAACUACGUUGAUGCUUCUGAUGAAAGCAAAUCUAACUGGAUGAGGUAUGUAACAUACACCAGCAGGGAGGAGGGACACAACCUGGUGAUCUUCCAGUUCUACCGCCACAUCUACUACAAGGUUUCCCAGCCUAUUACAGAGGGAGCAGAGCUAAGGGUCUGGAUCGGCAAGGAUUAUGCAACCUUACUGGGCCUCGGCAUGGGUGACAACGUGAAAUGUGAAUUUGGAGACAAAGAGACAGUCCUGCGCCUUUUGCAAGACAUCCAGUUGGUCACCCUCGCCGAGCCCAGCAGCUCUUACCUCUGGUCCGACCACAGCCAAUCACAGAGCCCCAUGCUUGUCAUCAGUGACGUGGCGACAAUGUCAAACCCAGACACAGCAAGUGAUUCAGGCAUGGUUACCGGCUCUGCCUUCCCCUCCUCCAUGAUCUCCUUGCCGUCCCCGAGCUCUCAUUCGUUCGAAAAAUAUGAUUUUAUGCCUGGAACUGAGAGACUGCUGAGUAACCCAAACACCACACAUAACAGCCCAUGGUACUUUUUUGGGUUGGAGCCUGACCCCACCGGUCGGCCUCUAGACCGUUGCACUGCAGUGUGUAAGCUGUGUGGGGAACAUGUGAGCUGUGGAGGAGGAACAGCUGAUCUCCAAAACCAUCUGACUAACAAGCACCACAUCAGACCCCCACGUGACGGUAUCAAGGAUCGGAGUUUUAUGGCAAUAGGUCAGCAACGCUCACAGCCAGUGAUGGGUAACAGCGGUUUGGUCAGCACACUCCCCCUGGUAUUUUCCGCUCAUGUGACCGAUGCCAUCGCCAACUUUCUCAUCAUGGAUGUCCAGCCCCCAGCUCUGGUAGAAGGGGACGGCUUUAAACAGCUGGUCCACACCCUGCUGCCCUCCUACAAGGAGCUGCCUUCACCGUGGCAGCUCGAGAACCUCCUGAAAGAACAUCACACCAAAGGCAAGACGAGCCUGGCUCAGCUGCUGAGGAAUAAAACGGGAAGCAGCAAUAACGAAGAUAUAUCUGACUAUACUGCUCCCAUGGAGUUUAAGUCCAAGAGACCUGGGCGACCACCCAGCCAUCGGAAGGAAGUGCCUCACUUUGUCACUUUAAGUGUGGAUGUUUGGUUGCACAACUGGCAGGGUAACGCUGAGAGGUACCUCACCCUCUGGGCACAUUACAUAGACUGCAAUUUUAGUUUUCAGAACCUGGCACUGGCAACCCAAAGACUGACAGAGGGUGGUGUUAAAGACUACAGCCUUCAAGCAGUGGAGGCUCAAGUGAAAAAGAUGGCCCAGGAGUGGGGGAUCUCCAUGCCUAAUCUGGUUUUGCUGGGAGGGGAGGUGAGGAACAAGAUGAGGCUUGGGCUAUUUAAGAGCGGCAAAGGUGGAGAGGCUGCAGGAAGCGUUCCUCACCCAAACUCAACAACGUUUCUCGAGAGGGACGACACUGUCUCACCUGAUGAACCACAUGGCUUGGAGCAUGGACAUUAUAGUGAAGGACUACUAUCUGUGCCAUGUUUCUUCAGCGCUGUGCAAGGCUGCAUUGAGGAAGUGAUGUCACACUCUGUCAUCUCCAAGACCCUCAGUCAAUUCCAGGGUGUUCUCGGAACCCUGUUCAUGCCACCUGCUCAAAACAAAGGCUUGUAUGAGCACCAAGUCCAGAGUCUGUUGCAGUCCCUGAAGAAACAAGAACAGGCGGAGCUGAAGUCGUGGGCUCACAGCCGGCCAACAUGGAAUAAGCUGUACCCUCUCCUGAGCAUGCUCAUCAAACAUAAAAGCCUUUUCUGUGAUACGCUAAAAGAGAUUAAAAGUGAGAGCUUGUCUAAAGAAGACACUGGUUCAGAAUCCAGUUCGUCUGGCAGCUGCCACGCUAACUCCACCUCCAACACAUCCUCAGCCAGCUUUGCGAAUUUGCGAUCGGAAUGGAAGGUUGUGGAGGAGCUGUGUUUAGUCCUCAAACCUCUGGACGUGGCGUGUCGAACUCUUGCCAAAGAGGCGUUCCCCCGUUUGACCCUGAUCAAACCCAUUCUCACAGGUCUGCUCUCCCGCCACCUCGUACCGCGGACGGGAGAUUCGUCAUCCAUCCUGAAGGAAGUGAAGAGGAUGAUGAGGCGGAACUUGGCGAGCUGUUAUGAAAACCCUGUCGUCAACAGAGUUCUGUGUGUUGCAUGUUCCCUCGAUCCCCAGUUCCAUGGGCUGGGCUUCAUGGAGGACAAGGAACAGAAAGCCACUUUUGAUUGGCUGAAGAAAGAGGCUGUCAGGAUUGUGAAGGAGGAUAGGAGGAGAAGUCAAGGUCACAAGCAGAGCCAGAGCAAGAGAAGCCCCUCACCCGGAUCACCAGAGUCAGAGAGUGACUUCCUACGGAGGAGCAAGCGCCUCAAAGAAUCCCGCCCAAUUAACUUCAGAGAGGUAGAAGAUGAAGAGAGUGAUGCAGCCGAGGCUGAUGAAAGCGAGUUGGCAGAUCCAGGGCCUCAGGGUGGACUCUCUGGUAUGGAGUUCCUCCUGGGAGACCUGUUCUGCUCGGCCCUCAAGAGCAGGCAGAGCUCCGUGGAGGAGUCUGUAGACAUGGAGAUGUCUGUCUUCAGAGCCGACAAGGGGGCGUCGCUGGGAGUGGAGCCGCUGCAGUGGUGGAGGACAAAGGCAGUGCAGUUUCCACUGUUGGCCACAGUGGCACGGGCCUACCUGGCUGCCCCGGCCGUGGCAGGUAGCACUGCGCAGGACUUUGCGCAGGAAGGAGCGUUAGCCACGUACAGGAAGAGAGCCAACAUUCCCCCAGAAAGUUUGGACUCAAUCUUGUUUCUGCACCACAACCACAUGCCCACCACUGAGAGCGGGCGAAAUGCAGUUGACAACAAAAACUGUGGGAUAUAAAAGGUCCCAUUAACACAUAAACCACAUUCAUUCCUUUUUUCAUAGGCUUUGAAUUUAACCCUCUCGACUACAUGAAACAUUUAUCCUCCUUGUCCAGCAAUGGUUUUACAUUUGAUGAAAGAAAGAAAGAAAGAAAGAACAUUUUAUACCGUGUCUAGUUUUGGACUGUUCUUCUAAUGCAUUCAACUUGUGUGUGUAUAUAUAUAAAUAUAUAUUAUAUAUAUAGUACCUUGUAGCGCCUAGUGCCUUACCUCUUUUGGACACAAUUGUACCCUAAUGCUAAUUUCUAACACAAAGCUGUGAUUUGGAGUGUGUAGAUUGUUUGUCAAAAUAUAAAUACUGUAAGUCAUCUAUGGUGACAUUGUGUAAAACUAUCAUUUGUUGUUGCUUUUAGACAAAUGUUUUUGUUUUAUGAUACAGUAUGUUAUGAAAAACUACUCCAAAGAUUCAAUAUUAGUGUACUUAAUGCUACUUGUUUUGAACUAUUACAUUCUAAGUUCAUGAGACAUUGUUGACUUUUUGUUACUGCUGUAAUUCUGAAGGUAAUUUGUUUUAUGUUUAAGGUAGUUGGACUCACCGGAUGUUGACUUUGGGCAGUGUUGGGAAGGUUACUUCUGAAAAGUAAUAGCUUAGAUAUUACUAAUUAAUCACCAACAUUGUUGUUAGUAAUUCAUUUAAUUACAUAUUUUUUCUCAGGAACUGAUCAAUAUUAAUAUUAUUAUAAUAUUAUGUUGUAAUUGUAUAUGUAACUCUACGUAACUCUGUUACCUGUAACAAGUUACUCCCCAACACUGAUUGUGGGUACAAGCCUGUCAUUCUCCUCCCCAUACAUUUUUGUUGUUGUUUCUAUUGAUAACAGUCUGGCUAUGCGUAACUGUUAUUAAACUUGAACAUAAAAUCAUCUCCAUAGUUUUUUCAGCAAUACAUUGUAAACUGUUAACACAAUGGAUAAAGCUUAUUCGCACAAUGUCUCUAUUGCUGUAGACUUCGAUGUACUUGUCUUUUCAUAUUUCAUCUACCUGCAGACUGUUUUUUUUGUUUUAGGUGUCUC